AUGGGCCGAGCGGUGAGGUGGGAGGAGGUGGUGGGGAGCGUGGCAGCGCGGCGGGACGUGCGACUGGCAGUGCUGCACGCUCUGAGACGAAAGCGGGUGGACGAGGCCGUUGAUCUGCUCUGCACCCUCGCAGGUCUGGGGCUAUCGCCAAGGAAGCUGGCAGUGAGCGAUCAGCUCUACCAAGCAUGCAUUGCUGCCUCUAACUUGCCCCUCGUCAUGCGCUUCAUCCUUCACCUGCCUUCUGCAAGUUCAGUGGAUUACAACAAGGCCAUCAAGGAGUGUGCCAGGCAGGGAAAGCUACAACUAGCCCUGACUCUCUUCCACGCACUCAGAAGGGGGUGCAGAGCAGGAGGAAGUGGGGGUGGUGAUAGCAGCAGUAACAGAAGCAGCAGCAGUGGCACGAGGGAGUCCGCUGGUAGAGAUUUGUUGCCACCUGACUUUUCACCUGAGGUUCUGCCUGAGUGGGGCGUGCUACCCGAAAUAGCACCUGGCGUGGCACCUGACAUGUUCACGUACCGCUCCGUGAUGGACGUGUGUGCAGCAUGCGGUGCAGGCAGUACUGCUGCUGAAAUUAUCCAGGCAAUGGUGGAGGAGGACGGGGUGGUACCCAACACCUACGUGGUCAACAGUGCUCUCAACGCAUGCAUCAGUGACUGGGAUGCCACCUGGUCGCUCUGGUUCCGCAUGGAGCGCCUGGGGGUAUCUCCCGACGCCACCACCUUCAACACGCUGCUCAAGGCCUGCGCCGCCCACUGCCGCCCGGAUGCCGCCCAGCUGCUGUACGAGCAGCUGCGGGCGCUGGAGGCGAGAGAAGAAAGGGCCGAAAUGAACAGCAUGGGAGAUCACAACACGUCUAGUUCCAACCGCAGUAGCAUUGGGCACCACAGUAAUGAGAACAGCAGCUCCAAACACAGCAGCAGCAGCGAUAGCGACAAUGACAGCAGCAGCAGCAGCAGCAGCAGCAGCAGCAGCAGCAGCAGCAGCAGCAGCAGCAGCGCCAGCAGCAGCAGAAUCAGUCGCUCCAGGUACCUAGACGUAUACACGUACAGCACAGUCAUUCAGAUCCUUGCCCAAUCCGGCCGCUUCCAAGCCGCGUUCGCCGUGAAAUCCGACAUGGACCAAUCACGCGUGCGCGCCAACGUGGUGACUUGGACGUCUCUGAUUGGUGCGUGCGCGCACGCGGGGUUUGUGGACCACGCGUUUAGAGUGUUUGACGAGAUGGUAGGUUCGGGAUGUGAGGCGACGACUGCUGUGUAUAACCUGAUGAUUGACAUGUGCGCCGAAGCUGGGCUGGAGGAUCGGGCGGUGGGGUUGCUUCGGGAGAUGCAGGCUGGGGGGAGGAAGGGGGGGAUGAGGGUGGGGGAGGAGAGGGGGGAUGAGGAGGGUGGAGUGCAGCAAGGGGUUUCAGUUGCUGUGGCAUCGUCUCCUCCCUUCUCCUCCUCCGCCUCCUCCACCUCCUCCUCCUCCACCUCCUCCGCCUCCUCCGCCCCCUCCUCUCCCCCCUCCUCUUCAUGCGCCCCCGAUAUAAUCACAUUCAACACAGUCAUCAAGGCGUGCACAGGCAGUCCCCAGCGCGCACGGGCGUUUGUGGGGGAGAUGAGAGCAGCGGGGAUAGCGCCGAACGAGCGCACGUGGGUGGCACUGUUGGAUUGCCACGGCACCAAUGCCGAUUCCACCUCUGCUGUGCAGGUGGGGGCCAAACGGGCGAGAAUAGCACCCAACGAGCGCACGUGGGUGGCACUGCUGGAUUGCCAUGGGACCAAUGCAGAUACUGCCGCUGCUGUGCAGGCGUUUCAAGACAUGCAAGCAGCGGGGUUCAAGGCACAUGUUGUUGCAUACACUGCGGUAAUCAAGGCGUGCAUUCGCGGAGGAGACUGGGACCGUGCGUUUGGCUUCUAUGACAGAAUGAAGGCUGAGGGAGUCAGGCCCAACCUGGUCACAUUCAACACUCUCCUUCGCCUUCCCUUGCAAGCCGACACUCUCCCACCCUCCUCCUCCUCCUCCUCCUCCUCCUCCUCCUCCUCCUCCUCCUCCUCCUCCUCCUCCUCCUCCUCCUCCUCCCUUCCCCCCUCUUCCCCGUCUCCCUCCUCCCAAUUCCCCCCCUCACCUCUCACUUCCUCCUCCCGAAUUCCGCGCCUGACUGCCAUUGGCGCAUCAGCAGCAGCCAAUCAGAGACGCAUUCAGCGGCUGCUGCUGGUGUAUGAGGAGAUGCGGCAGGCGGGCUACUCCCCCAACGACUAUGUACUCAAGAGCCUACUCGGGGAGAUGGCUGAAGGCGCAUUGGACCCUCCUCUCUCCACCUUCCCCUCCUCGGCUUCCUCAGCUUCCUUAGCCUCGACUGCCCCCUCGUCUUCUCAUCUAAGUAGUCUGGCAAGGGAUGGCCAGGGUCGUUCAGGGAGAACAGCAGCAGGCAUGGCAGGGGGAGCAGCAACUAGAGAUGACGAGAAGUGUGAUGAUGAUGGUCCUGAUGUUGGGAGUGGGUCAGAUGGAAGAGUAGGAGGAGGAGGGGAGGGAGGAAGAGGAGCGGAGGGAGGAGAGGAGGAGGGGAGGAUGGUUGAAGGGUCUCAGAAACGCUAUGCUGAGCAAUUGUUUUGGUUUUGUGCACCGUGCCUUACCCCGCUGAUGCAUUCACCCACCUCAUCGUCCCCCACCACCCUGUGCCCCUUUGGUUAUCCCUCCUCACUGCCUCCCAUCUUUCCUCACUCCCCUCCAUCCCUCCUCACUGCUCUCCAUCCCACCUCACCGCUCUCCAUCCCCUUCCCCAACGCUUACCCCUUACCAGGCAGAGGCACGGACAGCAGUGCUCUCUGUGCUGCGCCUGCUCAAGGAGUCUUUCCAGCGCUCAGGGGGUGA